AUGGACACCCAGCCAAAUGCCAAAGCGCUACACACGCGCAUCAACACCGAUAUCUCGCAAUUGCUCCAGCGAUUCGAGAAUAUAAUGGCCACGGCAACGGCCCAAAAUACCACCCACACAUCUACAGCUGUUGAAACAUAUCAACUGGAUGUUGAAUCCACCGCUCUCGUCCGAGCCGCGGAGGAUAUCUUAUCUCUCACACGCACCAUGAAGGAGAUGUGGCUUUUUGGUAAAUUGGAAACCAUCGGUGAAAAUGAGCGUGAUAUUGAGCGCCGUGAACAACUUGAGAAGAAUAUUGCGGAUAUUCAGAAAGCUAUCGAGGAGGGUAGUUUGACUAAGCGGGCUUUUCCGGAUGAGACGAAGAAGGUGGAGAAAUAG